AUGCAGAAGGCUCUGUGUGCAGCCCCAGACCUGGGCGCCUUUGUCACCAUCCUCACCCCACCUCUGGGUAUGCAGAGAGGGGGCAGGUCUCCUGUGUUGUGGCCCAAGCAGGGCUGUCAGGACACUGAGAACAUUUCCUCCUCCCGCAGGAGAGAGAGGUCCAAGGUGCCCUACAUUGUACGCCAGUGUGUGGAGGAGAUCGAGCACCGAGGCAUGGAGGAGGUGGGCAUCUACCGCGUGUCCGGAGUGGCCACGGACAUCCAGGCACUGAAGGCAGCCUUUGACGUCAAUAACAAGGACGUGUCAGUGAUGAUGAGCGAGAUGGACGUGAACGCCAUCGCAGGCACGCUGAAGCUGUACUUCCGUGAGCUGCCCGAGCCCCUCUUCACUGAUGAGUUCUACCCCAACUUCGCCGAGGGCAUCGCUCUUUCAGACCCAGUUGCAAAGGAGAGCUGCAUGCUCAACUUGCUGCUGUCCCUGCCGGAGGCCAACCUGCUCACCUUCCUUUUCCUUCUGGACCACCUGAAAAGGGUGGCAGAGAAGGAGGCAGUCAAUAAGAUGUCCCUGCACAACCUCGCCACUGUCUUUGGCCCCACACUGCUCCAUCCCUCCGAGAAGGAGAGCAAACUCCCUGCCAAUCCAAGCCAGCCCAUCAUCAUGACUGACAGCUGGUCCUUGGAGGUCAGUCCCAGAUCCAGAUACCUAAUACAAUGCUGGAAUGUACUCUGGGGAUAAUCCGUGUCCUGGCAGCGUUUGCUCUUCCUCUAAGCGCCUGGCCCCACUGCUCUUAGGAGUGGGUUCCGAAGCCUCUGGAGAACAGGAUACGUGGAGGGUUAGGAAGGGGCCAGCCUUAGAGAUGGAAGACUCCCUCCCAGAGCAGGUGGAGGCACAGGACCAUUCGUUACCCCUUCUGCCGGCACCUGCGGGGGAGCCCAGGCAUUCUUUGUAAAUCCUCAUGACCACCUGGCUCAAAGAAAACAGAAGCGUGGAGACCACCAAGUAUUUUCAAGAAGUAACCCCAUGAACACUGCAUCACUUUUUUAGAAAGAGUGGUUUGGGGCAGGGAGAGGAGAGAAGGGAGAGCAGAGUCGAGUUUCCUGAUGGUCCUGCAGGUGGAAAGGAUGCAGCUGCCCAGAGGGAAGCAGGAUCAAAUUCAAGAGAGUGUGUGGGGUCCGUGGAUGACACCAGCACCCAGUGUGGCUCUGUCUGGCGACCGCUCCCAAGGUGGAAGCAGUGGGUUUCCCCUGUGUGUCAAUGGGCAGCUCCUGCUGAGCCUGCAGCUCAUCGGGGAGGCUGACAGCGGGGCCGUGCACCUGACACUCCUCUCUGCUUGUGGACCUGGUGAGGCAGGGAGCAGAAAACAGAGUCACUUGAAGGUUUUCUGUCUGUGUCUGUGUGCGGUGGGGAUUUUGUUGUGCUUUUUUCUUGCUGGGAGAGCACGGCCACCAUUUGUAAGCAGUGUCACCCUCAUGGGUGGUGAGGACAGAAUAGGAGCCUCUGCUCUCUGUACCUAUCUGGGCCCUGUGGGCUCCCCUGUCCUGGCUUCCAUCUCUGUCUCAGUGACCAUCCAGCCCUGCAACGGAACACAUCUUUCUUAGAAAAGCCAAAUCCAGCGCUUGUCUCGGUCUCCUCUGGUCUCAUGAUGUGCAUCUGUCACCUUGAAACUGGAAACCAAUCUAUUAGUGUCUGUGCCAAUUUUUUGUUCCCUCCCCAACCUCCUUCCCCAUGUGACUUUUUAUUUAUGUACGAUGUGUGCUGUCUAAUGAUGAGAUGACCACACUUUUCCAUGUUCUAAAAGUGCUCCUCUCCUGCAGGGCCUCAGAGCUGAUGGUCGCUUUGGGUCUACAGCUUCUGCCUCAAAAGCCUGUGUGGUGGCAAAACCAGUAUGGGACUGGGAAAUGCAGUGUUCUCCAGGAGGGGACCCGGCUUUCCUUCUGCAAUGCAGACAAAGGCCUAGAUGCCAGUGUGACCUCCCACAAGGCAUGGCUUCAAGACUCCCUGACCAGAAGUGAUGCUUUUUUGCCUCGGGCCCUGGGUUUGAAGCAGCCUGGCUUUCUCUCAGUAAGUGGCUGGUGUCUUAGCAGCUGCAAUCUGAGCUCAGCCACCUAUGCACCACCGUGGGGGAAAGAACUGCCGACACUUUCAAUAAAGUUCCCUGAGACGA